UCUAUAAAAUCAGGAUACGAUAUACUAAAAAAUCUCAACAUGAAUUGUAUCAAAAUGGAAUCGAGAAAGCUUCUUCCUUUCACUCCACACCCUGUCAUCUUCAAUCUCUGCCUCCUGCUUCCAUGCACUUACUUCACUCUCUCUCACUCUGCUAAACUUGGGAAUGACACAGAUAAACUGGCCUUAUUGGCCUUCAAGAACCAGAUAACCCAUGACCCUUUUGCCACGCUGAGCAAUUGGAACGAUUCGGUCCAUUUUUGCCGAUGGAACGGGGUUAUUUGCGGUGCUCGACACGAGAGAGUCGUGGUGCUAGACCUCCAGUCCAGGAACUUGACAGGUACUAUCUCACCGCAUAUAGGAAACUUGACAUUCGUGAGGAGUGUCAAUCUGCGGCACAAUUACUUCCACGGCAAGAUCCCGAAAGAAGUGGGACGUCUGUAUCGGCUUCGAGUGAUCGUACUCACCCAGAAUCUUUUGCAAGGUGAGAUUCCUAUAAAUCUCACUCAGUGCUCGGACCUGAGGAUUCUCGAUUUAGUUGCAAACAGCCUCGAAGGAAGAAUUCCACCGGAGCUGGGCAAGCUCGAAAAGCUUACGGGAUUAGGACUUGCUGUCAACAACUUGACAGGUCCAAUCCCGAAAUCACUAGCGAACCUCACGUUUCUCAGGGACUUUUCUCUAUCUGAAAACAGACUCAGCGGCGACAUUCCUAGAGAGCUCGGCCAGUUGAGGCAGCUCCGCAUGUUCCAAAUCUCAUCAAACGGACUGUUAACAGGUUCGAUUCCUGCUCAGCUUUUCAAUCUCUCUCUUAUGGAGUACUUUGCUGUUGCGGAGAACCAACUUGUCGGAGAAAUUCCACCCGAUAUAGGAUUUACUCUUCCGAAUGUUCGGAUUCUUCUCUUGGGAAAAAACCAGUUUUACGGUUCAAUUCCAACCUCCAUAUCUAAUGCAACUAAGCUCGAGUGGCUUCAUAUUGCAUUUGGCCAGUUGACCGGUUCAAUACCUCGUGAUUUGGGGAAGUUGAAAAACCUCGUGGAGUUGAAUCUCGGGAUGAACGAGCUUGGAUUUGGGAAAGGGAAUGACCUUGGAUUUCUUUCCUCAUUAGUGAACUGCACGAAACUUGAGGUCCUUGCCUUCAACAACAACAGUCUCAGUGGGGUUUUGCCAAAUCACGUAACCAAUCUCUCUUUCAACCUCAAUUACCUUCUGAUGGGAGCGAAUAGAAUUUCCGGUCGCAUCCCGAAUGACAUUCAAAAGCUUGAAAACCUGAUCUUGAUCAGCAUGGAGGAGAAUCUCUUCACUGGACAAAUCCCCGCCUCCAUAGGGCUUAUGAAGAACCUACAGGUUUUGUCAAUUUUCGGCAACAAAUUUUCGGGGGAAAUUCCUCAAUCCAUUGGUAACCUUACUUCCUUGGUAGAACUCGGCUUGAAUGAUAAUUCUCUCCAGGGAAACAUACCUUCAACCGUAGGAAACUGUCAGAGUCUUCAGAGGCUCUCUCUGGCAAAUAAUAACCUUUCAGGUACUAUACCUAAAGAGGUCAUUGGUAUUCCUUCCAUAACAGAAUGGUUAGAUUUGUCUGAAAAUAAGCUAACCGGUCCAAUACCGAUAGAAAUAGGAAAAAUGAGACAGAUCUCACAUCUAGACUUAUCAAAGAACAGACUAUCAGGAGAGCUACCUAGUUCCCUCGUAACCUGUGAUAGCUUGGAAUUCUUGUAUCUAAGGGGAAAUCUUUUCGAAGGAUCGAUUCCUUCCUCCUUGAAAAGUCUGAAGGGGAUUCAAGAACUCGAUCUCUCACGCAACAACUUCACAGGCAAAAUCCCCAGUUUCCUCGGCUCUCUUACCUUCCUAACACAUUUGGACUUGUCGUUUAAUCAUCUGGAAGGUGAGGUCCCGGAAGGUGGAAUCUUCAACAACGCAAGUGAAAUCUCAAUUGCAGGAAACGGAAAUCUUUGUGGGGGCCCCGCAGCAUUGCAUCUGCAGAAAUGCACACCCCCUAGAGUUCAUUCCAGGAAGUUGUGGCGACGUUUAUAUAUCAGGAUAUUGCUAAUCCUCGUAGUUUCUGUUGGAACAUGCGCGAUCUUGAUAUGUUCCAUUCUCAUACUUUAUAGGAGGAAAAGUGUUAGGAGGAAGAAAUCGUUCGAGACGACUCCUGCGGAGGAUGAAAAGAAAUUUCAGAAGAUUACAUAUGCUGAGCUUUCCAGAGCAACAGAUGGUUUCUCUUCAGCUAAAAAGAUAGGGACUGGCAGUUACGGUUCAGUGUACAAGGGAUGCAGUGGAGAAUUGGUGGUUGCAGUGAAAGUGCUCGACCUCCAGCAACGCGGAGCUUCGAAGAGCUUUAUAGCAGAAUGCGAAGCGUUAAGAUCCAUCCGGCAUCGGAAUCUCUUGAAGAUAGUCACUUCUUGCUCGAGCAUUGAUUUUGCUGGGAACGAGUUCAAGGCGUUGGUCUACGACUACAUGCCGAAUGGGAGUCUGGAGAAGUGGUUGCAUGUAGAUAAUGCAAAUGACCAGAAUUCUGGCCGGAGGCAACUCAGUUUUGUGCAGAGGGUUAGCAUAGCCAUUGACAUAGCUCAGGCUCUGGACUAUCUCCAUCACCGUGUGGACCCUACAGUUGUUCACUGUGAUCUUAAGCCAAGCAACGUCCUCCUCGACAGAAAUAUGACCGCUCAUGUCGGCGAUUUCGGGUUAGCGAGGCUCCUCAAUGAUAAGAACCCUCAGAUUCACUCGAGCAUGAGUACUAGUACUGGUGCCUUUAAGGGUACUAUUGGAUAUGUAGCUCCAGAAUAUGGAAUGGCUGGUGAGAUUUCAACUUGGGGGGAUGUGUACAGCUUUGGGAUUCUAGUGAUGGAGAUGUUCACCGGGAAGAAGCCCACUGAUGAGAUGUUCAUGGAAGAUCUCAGCCUCCAUAGCUAUGUGAACAAGGCUAUUCCGGAUGGAGUGGCCGAAAUAGUUGACUCGAAACUACUCGAAGAAGUCUUCCACCAUCAAGACAUCGACAGGGCAACCACUUCGAGAAAGCAAAGCAAAGCUCAAGAGAGCUUGACCUCUAUUCUGAAAAUUGGCAUCUUAUGCUCCGCCGUACAACCUGGAGAACGACUCGACAUGAAGGAGGUCGUCGUGAAGUUGCAAUCACUCAGAGAAAGGAUCUAAAAUAAAUGGAUGUGUAAUAAUUUCGGCUAGUCGUCAUAAAAGUAAUGCGUAGGGGUGAGAACCAGAAGUACUUGGGAAGGUAGUAG